AGCUCGCGUCGGAAGGCACAAGCACAACACCGCCUGCUUUCCUUUUUUUCUGUUUUCAAAAUCCAGGAAAAAUAAUGAUAAUAAAAGGAAUUUAAAUAAUAUUUUUUUCAUGCAUCUGGCGUCUUUACGUGCGCGCCGGCCAACCAACGCACAACCAACGCAACCCCGGUUUGUUCGGUGCUGUACCGUUGGGACCGAAUCCGUGAGUAGAGACAUCGAGAACAAAAUCUGGACUGACCACUUGUGUUGAUUUAGUUUGAAGGGGGACACGUUCUCAAGUCCCUUGGUUAAAAGAAAGCGUCAACUUUUCUUGACUUCUAAGUUAAGACAUCCUCAACUCAACUGUGUGUGUUCUGUGAACUCUGCAAACUUAUUUUCGUUGUCUCUGCAACCCAUUCCGUGUCGGAUUUGUUGUUCGCUGAAGCAGGACUUUUGGCACAUCUUUACGCGCUACGGUCUGGGGCUGUGCCACCGUCCCAACGCUGCUUUUAAAUCACCGCUACACGGACUUGGCUUCCCGGCAGGUGUACGUGUGUAAACCUGCUGCACCUGAUUUAGGAUACAGGCGACGAAUGGUUGAAAUAACAGCUGACAACCCGCGUGGAGACGACACACCACCUCCCUGCAUCUCAUCUGAACAAGCGACACCGCGGACAGUGAAAGCGGCCGCGGUCACGGAGGAGAAGAGAGGAGAGGUGAAGCGAGGACAGGACAGGUCGGUGUCUCUAAAUUCACCGGGAUCAGGUUUCAGCCGGGCCCCGUGGGGGCUCCUGGUAUUAAGGGGCUGCAUUUGACCUGGGAUAAGUUGUCAACAAGAGGAGUGGACGGUGAGCGAACUGGCAGGUGUACAAGUUAAUUUACAUGCAUACGUGUAAUCACGCCACUAUAUAUAGAAGUUGUUUUAGGGACUCGCGGCCACAAUACACGCUGCUCCUAGACCAACCCCCCACCCCACCGUCCUGCAGCUCCACGCACCGGGCGCGUGCGUGUGUCUAUAUAUACUCCCACAAACACACACGCCGUACCGUGCUGUAUUUCUGGGUCCCCCCGCCGCAGUAGUCUCUGUGUUGGGAGCAGCGUCCGCUCCGCCGUCGGUUUGGCUGUGAGGGCGGGGGUCGUCGCAUGGACUGAUAUGGCCACGGACCUCGCCAUGAGCACCGAGCUGCCGAACAGCCCGCUGGCCAUCGAGUACGUCAACGACUUCGACCUGAUGAAGUUCGAGGUGAAGAAGGAACCGCCCGAGUCCGAGCGCUACUGCCACCGCCUCCCGCCGGGCUCCCUGUCCUCCACGCCCAUCAGCACCCCCUGCUCCUCCGUGCCUUCGUCGCCCAGCUUCUGCGCCCCCAGCCCGGGCGGGGUGCAGCCCAACCAGGGCCUCGGCAACGGGGGUCUCGGCAGCGGGGGCAACAACAACAACAACAGCAGCAGCAACAACAGCAACAGCAGCAGCGGCGGGAACAACAGUCAGAACGGCGGGGGCAAGCCGCAGCUGGAGGACCUGUACUGGAUCCCGGGCUACCAGCACCACAUUAACCCCGAGGCGCUCAACCUCACCCCGGAGGACGCGGUGGAGGCCCUGAUCGGCAACGCGCACCACCACCACCACCACCACCACCAGGCCUACGAGGGCUUCCGAGGGGGGCAGCAGUACGCCGGGGAGGACCUGUCCGCGGCCUCGGCGGCGCACCACCACCACCAUCACCAGAGCCACCACCACGGACACCACCACGGCCACCACGCCCGCCUCGAGGACCGCUUCUCGGACGACCAGCUUGUGAGCAUGACGGUGCGGGAGCUCAACCGGCAACUGCGUGGCUUCAGCAAGGAGGAGGUGAUCCGUCUAAAGCAGAAGCGGCGCACGCUGAAGAACCGCGGCUACGCGCAGUCGUGCCGCUACAAGCGCGUGCAGCAGAGGCACAUGCUCGAGACCGAGAAGUGCACGCUGCAGAGCCAGGUGGAACAGCUGAAGCAGGACGUGGCGCGUCUUGCCAAGGAGCGGGACCUCUACAAGGAGAAGUAUGAGAAGCUGGCCGGCCGCGGGUACAGCGGCGGCGGACCCACAAACACUCGAGAUCCGACGGUUGGGGGCCACGGGAAGCAGCAGGCCGAGUUCUUCAUGUGAGGCAGAGAGAGAGAGAGAGAGAGAGAGAGAGAGACAGACUCGACUGUGUAUCAGAGACUAUGAUACCCCCCCCCACCCCCCCAGGGGAAAAAACAGGAUUUUUAAACCCAAUUUAUAUUCUCUCAGUUUGCAUUGUUUACAGUUAUGCCCUCGAACAUAAUGUUAUUUUUAUUGUUGAAGGCCCUUUCUUAAAAUACAACGAACAUGUCUGAAGGGGAAUGGAAGGUAUAAGAGGUGCACCAAAGUAGUCUUAAAGAUAUUUGGCCGAACCUUUUGUAAUCACGUCACACACACCUCUGGUUCUGUAUGAUGUAUGCUUCAACUUGUGGUUGGGUCGAACUUGAGACUUUUUUUUUCUCUCUCUAAUGUGAAACAAGGACAUUCUGAUCCAACAAAUCAAGUCUUACUCCACCGAUCAGAUUCUUUUAAAACGGAAGAUUUUUUUGUCAUUCGGUCGUUUUCAACCUCAGAAUGAAUGAGAUUUUUGUGUUGGUCAGUUGGGACUCUGAAAGAAGAAGUGAAUAGAUAUAUUUUAGGAGGUAGGGCAGUAGGCCUGCUCGCCAUCUCUCCCAUGUCGUAAUCGGACGGUGGUGAUGGAGAGGAGAGAGGCGAUUUUGGACGCAGCUAAGGAAUCUUUGAAAUCUUGCAAGUCUAGUUUCCCCGUUCCCCUGCAUGCAGGACAUGUAUGGAAACCAACCCACCCCGACCCCCCACCUCAAUCACCCACCGCCAC